AUACCGUUUCCACCAAACCCCCCUAAAACCCUCACUCUGACAGUCUCUUCCGCUGGAGAUCGAUCGAGAUGUCGGGUUCCGGUUCUGGAUCUUCCUCCUCCCAGUGGUCUUCUUCUUCUUCUCCAUUCUCCUCUUCCACAGGUUUCUCAUUCGGAUCCACUUCCGCCUUCUCCUUCGGAUCAUCAUCAACCCCUUUAUCUCUUUCAUCUUCCUCCUCCUCUAACCCUACCUCCUCCUCCUCUCCAUUUUCCAAUCAAACCCCCAAUCCUGCUUCUUCCUCUUCCUCCGGCUUUGGCUCUUCCUCUUUCCCCUCCUCCGCUUCCUCUCCCUUCUCUUUCUCCCUCCCCUUGUUUGGGUCUGCUCCCUCCUCUGGGACCUCAUCUGCUCCCUUGUUUGGGUCUGCUUCCUCCUCUGGGAGCUCACCUGCGCCCUCGUUUGGGCCUGCUUCUUCCUCUGGGAGCUCCCUUGUGCCCUCGUUUGGGGCUCUUCCGUCCUCCGGGAGCUCAUCUGCGCCCUUGUUUGGGGCUACCCCAUCUGCAGGGGCCUCCGCUCCGUCCUUGUUUGGAGGGGUGUCUUCUGCAACUACUUCCAGUGCACCAUUGUUUGGCACAACAUCUGCAUCCACUGCAAGUCCGGGGUCAGCGUUGUUUGGCGCUUCUGUUGCCGCUUCAGGUUCUAGUUCUUCCCUGUUUGGGACAUCUACAACUUCAGGGAGUUCAGGUUCAGCUUUGUUUGGGUCUAGUCCCUUUGGUGCAUCUUCUUCGCUUUCCACUUCAAACUUGUUUGCGUCGUCUUCAUCGUCUACAUCGACUUCUCCGUUCCAGAACUCUUUUUCUUCGAGUUCUUCCCAGAAUUUGAAUUCGUCUUCACUGUUUGCGGCUUCUUCUUCUUCUUCUUCUUCUGGGUUUUCAUUUUCCACCGUGUCUUUGUCCAAAACUACUAGUAUUACAACUGCAUCUUCUUCUUCUUCUCUUACAACAGCCUCUACUAGUUCCUCGAGCUUCUCAUUCGGAACACCUGCUUCGUCGGCAUCUCAAUCUUCUUUCGGGUUUAGUAUUAGCAAUGCAGCAUCGACGGGAGGGUCUUCUGCUCCGAGCACUACAGCUACAAAGCCUACUUCUCUAUCAUUGUCAAGUUCUGUGGCUCCUUUAUUCUCUACGGUUACUACCACCAGUGGUUCUACUCCAGCUGCAAAUAGCACAACUCAGCCAUCCUUCUCCGUGCCAGCUUUUAGUUCGAGUUCUUCAGCUGCUACCACCUUGUCCAUAGCAGCAUCCUCCGUUCCUUCGGCUUCUUCUUCGGGUGCUGUGAGUUCAUUUACUGGUUUCGGUGUCACAAGCAUGGCUUCUUCAUCAAGUGCAAUUGGUUCCUUAUCAUUGCCGACCAAAACAUCAACUGCUGCUUCAUCAUCCCAAGCACCAGCCUCUUUCGGUUUCCCUUCUCUGACUUCCGCUCCUACUCCUGCUACCACCACGUCUGGUUUCAGUGCUUCAAGUCAGAGUCAGACUUCAUCAACUCUUGUUGUAGCAAGCAGUAGUAGUGGUACAACUUCAACUGUUAAUGCAACAGUAUCUUCUACACCAAAAUUACCAUCUGAGAUAACAGGGAAGACUGUCGAAGAGAUCAUAAAGGAAUGGAAUGCAGAGCUUCAAGAGCGUACUGGAAAGUUUCGGAAGCAGGCCAAUGCUAUUGCUGAGUGGGAUAGGAGGAUUAUGCAAAAUCGUGAUAUUCUCCUUAGACUUGAGAUUGAAGUUGCAAAGGUGGUUGAGAGCCAAGCUGAGUUAGAGAAGAAAUUGGAGCUGAUCGAAACUCACCAACAGGAGGUUGAUAAGGCAUUACAAAGCGUGGAAGAAGAUGCUGAGCGCAUUUACAAGGAUGAACGUGGUUUACUUCUUGACGAUGAAGCUGCAUCUACGAGGGAUGCAAUGUAUGAGCAAGCUGAAUAUAUAGAGCGGGAACUAGAGCAGAUGACAGAACAAAUCAAAUCAAUUAUCCAGACGCUAAAUGCAAACCAGGGAGGAGAACUUGAUGUGAUUGAUGGGAUGACGCCGUUAGAUGCAGUUGUCCGAAUUUUAAACAAUCAAUUAAGUUCGUUAAUGUGGAUCGAUGAAAAGGCCGAAGAGUUUUCUUCACGUAUUCAGAAGCUUGCUGCUACGGAGGGUCCUGCUGCAGAUCGUGAAUUGUUGGGUCAAAAGUUCUGGAUGUCUUAAAUUGUAAGCUGGUUUUCGUUUUAUUUGUGUGAAGUUGCUGUUGGAAUUAGUGUAUACAGGAACUCAUUCACAUUUGUGGUUGAAUUUUAUCUUUAUUUUUAUUUUGGUUCUUUUGGGGAUGUCUUGGCCGAACUGGAAAUCGUUUGAUUCCCAAUUCUAGCCGACAUUCGUGAUUUUUUUGUCCAAAAGGAUGUAUCCAUUUUUUUGUUUCUUUAGAAAACAUUAAUGUAGGGCGGGCAAUCGAAUUUUCAACUUUUUGGAUGAGGUAGAGAUACUUUUAUUGAUAAAGUAGGCUCAAGUUGAUGCAUAUACUUUUAUUA